AACUUGAUCCUUAGAAUUUCAUAUGUUGUCUACGCUAAGAAUGUCAACACAUAAUUAUUAUUCACAAAUUGUCUGGCAAAGUAUGACCAACAACCUCCAUCCCUACGGCCACAACUUAAAAGGAACCAGCAAGACAUACAAAAAUCCAGAAACAAACUUGAGUAGUAGAAGAAGUUGAUUCAUCAAAAAAACUAGCUAGUAUAAUAUGGCUAAGGUAUACCACUUGGUCUUGGGAAUUCAAGGACUAAUAACGAUUCUAGUUGCCACCUUCAUUGUUCUUAUAGUUUAUAUGACAGGCAGAAGUGCAUGGCUCGUUUUUGAAGAUAUUCUUACGACGUCCACGACUACACUUAAGGGUUAUAGCGAAUCUGUAUCGUUAACGUCAAAUUGUGAUCUGUUUUCAGGUAAGUGGGUGUAUGAUAACUCAACAUAUCCUUUGUAUUCUGAGAAACAGUGCUCAUUCAUGUCUGAUCAGUUGGCAUGUGAGAAGUUUGGAAGAAAGGAUCUAAGCUAUCAGAACUGGAGAUGGCAGCCUGACCAGUGUGACCUACCAAGGUUCAAUGCCACAACAUUACUGGAGAGAUUGAGAGGGAAAAGGAUGGUUUAUGUUGGAGAUUCACUUAACAGAAAUCAAUGGGUUUCCAUGGUGUGUCUGGUGGAAUCUGUAAUCCCAUCAGCACUCAAGUCUAUUCACACCAAUGGCUCUCUCAUCACCUUUAAAGCCAUUGAAUAUAAUGCAACCAUUGAGUUUUAUUGGGCACCAUUGUUGGUUGAAUCGAAUUCGGAUGAUCCCGUGAAUCAUCGAUUACCAGACAGAAUAGUGAGAGCUCAAGCAAUCGAGAAACAUGCAAUUUAUUGGACGGAUGCCGACAUACUUGUCUUCAAUUCCUACCUUUGGUGGAGAAGACCCAAAAUGAAAGUCUUAUGGGGUUCUUUUGAACAUCCGGAUGAAGGAAUGUAUAAAGAGAUAGAAAUGCUGCACAGCUAUGAAAUGGCUCUGAAAACAUGGUCUGAUUGGCUUGAAAUUCAUGUCAACCACACAAAGACCGAGCUGUUUUUUAUCAGCAUGUCACCUACACACUUCUGGGCAGAUGAAUGGAGGACGGCCAAAGAAGGUAAUUGUUACAAUGAAACCGAGCCAAUUUCGCAAAAACAUUACAGAGGUAGAGGAUCAGACCCCAAAAUGAUGAACGUGGUUGAGAAAAUGCUUGACGAGUUGAAAGCUAGAGGUGUUAACGUAAAAAUACUCAACAUAACGCAACUGUCAGAAUACAGAAAAGGUCACCCCUCUAUGUAUAGAAAACAAUGGGAUCCUUUAACUCAAGAACAAAUAUUAAACCCUGCAAGUUAUUCUGAUUGUAUUCAUUGGUGCCUCCCUGCAGUUCCCGAUACUUGGAACGAGCUCCUUUAUGCUGACAUUUUUUCCUAAUGAAGAGUUUUGUGAAAAAUGUUUAAAA